UAUUGUCCUGGCUGCGUCCCCCAGUCCUGCCAGAGACCUGACGUGUCCCUUGUUUACCCCGGAUCAAAGGCGAAGCUCCAGCUCCAGAGUCUGUAUCAGGGCAGAGCAGGCUGGUCUCCAGCACAGAGCGUGGGGGAGAGGGAGGAAGAAGGACCCAGAGGGGGGUGACGUGUGUGUGUCCCCUUGUGCCUGCCCCUCUGCCUGCACCCCAGGAAUGGGGGCCCCAGUAACCUGCCUGCUGCUGCUCCUGCACCUCACAGCUGGGACGUCGGCAGAGCCGCACUAUGUGGUGGUGAGCCCAGCCGAGCUCUACCACCCGCACAAGGGGACGGUGUCAGUUCAUCUCAGCGACCUCAACGAGACCGUCCGGGUGAGCGUCCGGCUGGAGAGGGGGGAUGGGCCCAGCGCUAUCACCCUGCUGGAGAGAGAGGUCCGGGAGUCCCGUCUGCACGAGAACGUGCGCUUCCAGGUUCCAGCCCCGUCCGGGGGGCAGCAGGAAGUGGCAGAGCUGCACGUCUCGAUCCGGGGAGAUGCGCUGCAGUUCUCUGAGCGGAAGAAAGUGCUGCUGCGGGAGCUGCAGCCCAGGACCUUUGUGCAGACGGACAAGGCCGUCUACAAGCCGGGACAGACAGUGAAGUUUCGAAUCGUCAGUUUGGACAAAGACUUUGUUCCCUGUACCCGGAAGCUGCCCCUGGUGACCGUGCAGGAUCCCAGCGGGAACCGCAUCGCCCAGUGGCGAGAUGUGACUCCGCAGCAGGGCAUCGUGGAUCUGUCCCUCCCGCUGUCUGCAGAGCCGGCCCUGGGGACGUACGCCAUCGAGGCGCAAGGGACGAGGCACUCGUUCAGCGUGGAGGAAUAUGUGCUGCCCAAGUUCGAAGUGACCCUGGAGCUGCCCCCCGUGGUGACGGUGCUGGAUGAGAUGCUCCUGCUGCGGGUGUGCGGCCGAGACACCUACGGGAAGCCCGUCCUGGGGAGGGUCCAGGCCAGCCUGUGUCGGGAGGAACAACCAGUAAAUCACUGGAACCAUCUUCAUGCCAAGCGAACCGAGGCUCAGUGCACGGAGCUUACCGGCCAGACUGACAGCAACGGCUGCUUUUCCAGAGAGGUGGGGACGGCUCCCUUCAACCUGACCUACUCUGGCUAUGAGAUGAGCCUCCAGGCCAAGGCGUCUCUCGUGGAGGACGGGACAGGGGUGGAGCUCAAUGUGACCAAGAGCUGUGACAUCGUGUCUGAAAUCGCUACGGUGACCUUUGAGGAUGCUGACGAGACUUACAAGGCUGGAAUCCCCUACACUGGCAAGGUAACGGGAUUACCGGCAAGUACCUUCCCAUUGUGUGAUGUGCUGUGCACACGCCUACAUUUACCCAAGGCAGAUUAUCGUAUUGUGUUCUCGGCAGGUGCCCAGCCUAGAAAAGGUGCGGGACACUUUGUUGACGGAAUAUCCUGGAGAAGAUCUCAAGAUGGCAAUCUAGCGCCAUCAGUUCUGAUUGUCUCUCAACUACUGGCCCACCCGAACAGAACAAUGUUAUUUCUACAUAAGGGCCUGCAGAUGCUCCUGAAGGUGGCAGGUGGCUCUGCGCUGAAGAAUGAGAAGCUGCAGCUCUUUGUUAGCUCUGGGAAUAAGAAUAAGAAGCAGACCUUCCUGACGGACGAGUCUGGCAGAGCCUCCUUCGAGCUGGACACCUCUGGCUGGACCGGGAGCGUCACUCUGAGGGGGCACUUCAAGCAUGUGGCUCGCAGCUCUGUGUAUGGGAGACUCUCUCCCCAUUAUCCGGAUGUCCAUCGUCACCUGCAGCCCUUCUACUCCAAGAGCCAGAGUUUCCUGAAGAUCCGCUGGCUGGGAGGGGGGCUGCCCUGCGACCAGGCCCAGCAGCUCCAGGUGGAUUACGUCAUUGCUAGGGAGGCCCUGGGGAACGGGUCCAGGAGCCUGGAGUUCAUCUUCCUGGUCGUGGCCAAAGGAGCCAUCGCCAGGAUCCUCCACAAGGGGCUGGACCUCAAGGAGGGGGCUGGGCUGAAGGGCUCCUUCUCGGUGGAGCUGCCUGUCGGCGCUGACCUGGUGCCCGCUGCCAAGGUGCUGGGUUACACGGUGCUGCCCGAUGGCGAGAUGGCUGCCGACCGCGCCCGGCUGCAUGUGGCCAAGUGCUUCCCGAACAAGGUGAAGCUGGCCUUCUCGCAGGACCGGGCCCUGCCGGGCUCAGAGCUCCAGCUGCGGGUGCAGGCUGCCCCCGGGUCCCUGUGCGCCGUCCGCGCCGUGGAUCAGAGCGUGCUGCUCAGGAAGCCCGAGGACGAGCUCAGCGUCGACACAGUCUAUAACCUGCUCCCAGAUUUUCCCCGAGGAGACUAUCCUGACGGAGUGCGAGAGCCGGAGUCAUGUCAUCCUCCGGGUGCUCCGGGUCCUCCGGGUGAUCCGGUCAGGACCCCUAAGAACGUGGAGGCAGGUGUGGAUAGUGCAGCAGGGACCCCAGUGAGCAAUGCCCGGCCCGUGCCAGAACCCGGCACCCAGGAGGAACCAGCGCCACGUCUGUACUUCCCAGAGACGUGGCUGUGGGACCUGCGAGGGCUCCAGGGCGUCCCAGUCUCGGUGCCCGACACCAUCACGGAGUGGAAAGCUGGGAUGUUCUGCACGGCGGAGGUGGGCUUUGGGCUCGCCACGGCCACCUUCAUGGCCUUCAAACCCUUCUUUGUGGAGCUGGCCUUGCCGUACUCCGUGAUCCGGGGAGAGGCCUUCGCCCUAAAGGCCACCGUCUUCAACUACCUGCGGCAGUGCAUCAAGCUGCCUCUGUGCAGACGAAGGAAAACCUUCCAGUGGGAGGUGACGGCGAGCAGCCUGGGGGAGGUGAACUUCACCGUCAGCGCUGAGGCUCUGCACACCGAGGAGCUGUGCGGCACAGAGCUGGCCGUGGUGCCGGCCCAAGGGCGAGUGGACACCGUGAUAAAGCCCCUGCUGGUCCAGCCGGGGGGGAUCCUGGAGGAGAAGGCGCACAGCUCCCUGCUCUGCCAGGAAGCCUCCGAAGAAAUCUCCUUGCAGCUGCCUGCGAACGUCCUGGCGGGGUCCGAGCGGGCCCACGUGACUGUCCUGGGAGACAUAGUGGGCACAGCUCUGCAGAACAUAGACCGUCUGCUGGCCAUGCCCUACGGCGAUGGAGAGCAGAACAUGGACCGUCUGCUGGCCAUACCCUACAGCGAUGGAGAGCAGAACAUGCUCUGGUUCGUUCCCAACAUCUACAUCCAUCAGUACCUGGAGAAGAGCAGGCAGCUGAGCCCAGAGAUCAGAGACAAGGCCCAGGGAUUCCUCCAGAGCGGCUACCAGCGCGAGCUGCUCUAUAAGCACAACGACGGCUCUUACAGCGUCUCUAGGAAGAGCAAAGCCAGGGGUAACACCUGGCUGACGGCCUUCGUUCUCAAGUCCUUUGGCCAGGCCAGGCCCUACAUCUCCAUCGACGAGAAGCACCUAGAGGACGCCCUAAGGUGGCUGCAGCGCCACCAGCGGAAGACCGGCUGCUUCCGCAGUGUGGGGAAGCUGUUGAACAACGCCCUGCAGGGCGGCGUGGUGGACGAGCUCUCUGUCUCGGCUUACAUCACGGUGGUGCUGCUGGAGCUGGGGCAGCCGCUCACGGACCCCACGGUGACCAGGGCCCUCCAGUGCCUCCGGGAGUCAAGCACCAGCGACCUCUACACGCAGGCGCUGCUGGCCUACGCCUUCGGGCUGGCGGGGAGCACUGAGCUGCGGGACGCCCUCCUGCAGCGCCUGGCCCAGCACAGCGUCAGCGCCGCCGCUCUCCUAGGGGGACAGCUCCACUGGCAGAGAAAGUCCCUGUACAGCCCCUAUGGGACCCAGGCUCCUUCGGUGGAGAUGACGGCUUACGUGCUCCUGGCGUAUCUCUCCCUGCCCAACGUGUCUGCUGCCGACAUGACGACCGCCACCCAGAUCGUCCGCUGGCUAAGCAAGCAGCAGAACCCCUGGGGGGGCUUCGAAUCCACGCAGGACACGGUGGUGGCCCUGCAGGCCCUGGCCAAAUAUGCGGCCCUGACGUACAGCGCAAGCGGGGCUGUGUCGGUGACGGUGAGCUCCCAGGCCGGGGCCCGGCAGCAAUUCCAUGUGGACAACGCCAACCGGCUGGUGCUGCAGCGAGCAGCCCUGCAGGAGAUCCCCGGGCAGUACACGGUGCGGGCCAGCGGCGAGGGCUGUGUCUUUGUGCAGCUGAUCCUGCGCUACAACGUGCCGCCCCCAAAGAGCGCCGCGACCUUUGACCUGCGGGUGGAGACGGAGCCGAAGGAGUGCACCGAGAGCGCCACAUCCCGCUUCAGCCUCGUGCUGCACACCCAGUACAGUGGGGAGCGCCCAGCCACCAACAUGGCCAUCAUCGAGGCCAAGCUGCCGUCCGGCUACACCCCCGUCAGGAGCUCCCUGCGGAAGCUGGAGAAGCAGCCUUUGGUGAAGAGGCUGGAGGUGCAGAAGGACCAGGUGACGCUCUAUAUGGACCAGCUGACGAAGGAGGCGGAAAGUUUCACCUUCUCCCUGGAGCAGGAUUUCCCUGUGAAGAAUCUCAGAGCAGCCCCAGUGAGACUGUAUGAUUACGAGAUGGGUGAGUCCCGCCCCGGGAGAGCUGCUCCUGUGGGCCCCAUGCAGAGGUGA